AGCCAUUUAACUACACGAAAAUGUCGGCGAACUUGGACAACCCAAACUUCAUAAGGGAUCGGUUUAAAAACGAGGCCUACAAGCCAAUGAUGCCGACGAAUUUUCGGGAGCGCUUCAACCGGCCCUUCGCGCCUGCCUGGAUGGACUUCUGCGACCCCUAUCAUUGCAAUGACUACCACAAGGUGGCCUGCGGAAUAAACCGGAGAGAGCGCGUAUUCAAAUGGUUCCAGAGCGGCUGCCAUAUCAUCCUCAACAACGAGUGCGCUGACUUUAGAGGCAACCUGAAAUACGACCAAACCGACACGAAGUUCUGCAAUGCCUUCAUACUGCACGUCCGGCAAGGGUGCCGCGACUGCGAACCCGACGGGAAGUUGGUCUGCGCCGUCAGUUUGAUGGACAACCAUGUUACACUGUUCAGAGACCGAUGCGCGUUACAGUCUACCAACUGCGAAUCUAACACAUUCGACGAAUAUGAAGAAGUGGACAUGGGACUCUGCGUGUUCUAUCUCAAGGAAAGGGCGUUGAAAAUAAACAUGGGUACAUACUAA